AUGGCCGGCGUCACACCCAUCAACGUCCUUCCCGCCUGGUGGACGUGGAUCUAUCUGGGUCUACAGCUAAGUGCCAUGCUUCCGUUGGCGUACAAUGCCCAGUUCAAGUCGGUCGAAUUCUUCCUCGGAUCCUUGCCGAACGGGUAUGAUCGCGCUACAGAUGGUCUCGAGACCAGUCUAAGACAUGAGAUCACUGGGUCCUUGAACGCGUCUAUGUACCUCAUGGUCAUGGUCUGCUUCAUGGGCAACAUUCUCAUUGCGAAGUAUGCCGCCAAGGGGAAUCCCCGUCUUCAGCAGACGAUUGUCAAGCUCCCUAUUUACGUGGGGCUGGUAUCAGAUGUCUGGGUGUAA